AUGUAUACAAUGAAAAAAUAUGUUUGUCUUGGAACAUUAUCAUCGAAUGAAAGUCAAUUAUCAUCAAUUGAUGAUAAUGCUCUUCUCUCGGCAUCAUUAUCUUUAUCUAUAUUAACAAAUCAACAAUCACGUGAAUUAAAAGAUUCAUCUGAUGAUGAAAAUAGUCAAACAAUAUUAUCAAGUUCUCCACAAUCUAAAAUAGCAAAUCAAUUAAUAAAAAAUUCUCAUACAGAUGAACCAUCAAGAUUACCUGUUGAUGUAUCAGUUGAUUAUUGGACUAUAAUUGAUAAUCAAAAAGAAAAAAAAGAUGGAAUAAGAACAAUAAAAUCAUCAUUAAAAUCUAAUAUACGUGUAUUAACAAUAACAAGACAAUUAACAAUGAAUUCAGAUGGAAAAAUAUCAUCUUCAUUUACAGUGACUUAUGUUACACUUAUGAAAUUUGGAAAAAAACUCAAAGAUAUACAAAAUACAAAAAUGAUUGAACCUCAAACAAUAACCGGUAUUAAUCGAAUUGUUUGUACAUCUAAAUCACAUAAUGUUGAAUUGAAAGGUAUGUUAAUAUGUAGAAUUCUCUAUGAACCAAAGUCUCAUAGAACAAAAUAA